ACCGAGAGAUUUAUAUAAAUAUGUUUUCUGACUUUUUUUCCAUGAUCACAAGCAGAAAGGCUUUUAAUGUAGCUCAGUGGGCUUUAUAGGAGUGAGAAAAAGGUAGGGAAAGACUGCAGGGAAGAAGAAUGCGGAUAUAAUGUAGACCACAAGGGAAGGUUGGCUAAGAGGCAACAGAUGGAGUGUGAAAUAGUACCACAGUGACUUAGUUGGCAUUGUUAGCCUGAAAUGGAGAAGUAAAACUCAGAAGAAAGGUCAUCAGGAAGGGCUGCUUUCCCAGGAAGCCUGCAUGCAAAGAGUAUUUAACAUUGCAGUGUUGAAGCAGACACAUUUAACAGUUGGCUCUCCCAGGCUCAACAUCCUUGGCAGUGUUUACCAGUUGUGGUAAUGGUGGGAAGUACUUUGGAGGUCAUGUGUGUUACCUUGAUGCUGCUUAAAAUCCUCUGUCUUUUUCAGGCAAGCUGAGGGUUCAGUCCAUCCACUGGCUUUGUAUGUACUCCAUCUCUUUCAAAUAUGCAUAAAUAGCAGCCAUUUCUUAUGCAAACCCAGAAGUGACCUUGCAUAAGCUCUUCUUGUAUAUACUUUUUUCCAGGUGAAGGAAUAAGAGCAGAUCGAGAUCUGACCAGGGUAUGGAGUGCAACAUGAGCUCUCUGUGCUUCUCUGCUGUGUUUACUGAAGGUCACUUCCCUCCUGAUGUACAAGGUUGGCUCCUGGGCCUGAAUGCUUCCAGACAGGGAGAUGUAUUCAGCAUUGGGCAGGCACCAAAACAAGAGUGGAUCCAAGCCAAUUCCUGUGCUGAUCAUAGGGAACGGACCUUCUGGAAUCUGUCUCUCAUAUUUGCUGUCGGGCUACACCCCUUACUUCAAAAGACACUCUCUUCAUCCUCAUCCCAUUCUUCAGAGUAAACUAGAGGAGGCAGCGGAUGUGUCCAUUUUGGACCAGGAUUUGGAGUAUCUGUCUGAAGGUUUAGAGGGAAGAUCCAAUAGCCCUGUGGCUCUUCUGUUUGAUACCCUUCUGCGACCUGAUACGGACUUUGGUGUGAGUGCAGAAUCUGUGCUCACUUGGAGGCACGAGACUGACAGAGCCAUCCCCCACCUGGUUCUUGGCAAGAACCCUCCAGGAGGUGCCUGGCAUUCUAUUGAGGGCUCAAUGAUUACCCUGAGCAGAGGGGAAUGGAUGGGACUUCCAGAUCUCCAGUUCAAAGACUGGCUAAAGCAAAAGAAAAGGGGCCUCAGAAACCAUAGAGCUACAGCAGAAGACAUUGCUCAAUACUACCAACAUUAUGUGACGAAGAAAGGGCUGCAGAAGAACUUUAGAUGUGGGACUGUUGUAACCUCUGUGAGGAAAAUGAGUGCAAAGAGCAUCUCCAGCCAUGCACAAGAAGAUCUACAGAAGACUGACUCUCUCUGGAACUUCAGUGAGGAGAAUAUGGAGGUCUUUCAGGUGGAUGGAUUUGUCAAAACUGUCACAGGUGACAAGGAGCCCUUCACUGUCUAUGCAGAGAACGUAGUCUUAGCUACAGGAACGUAUGAUAGUCCCACUUGGCUCAAGGUCAAAGGAGAGAACCUUUCCUAUGUCCAUCACCAGCUCUCUGCUCUAGAGGAAGCAGUGAAAAACAACAGUAUUGGUAUCACAUCAGAUCCAGUUUUGAUUGUAGGUGCUGGUUUGACAGCUGCUGAUGCGAUUCUUUUUGCUCACCACUGUAGUAUUCCAGUAAUUCAUGUUUUUCGGAGAAGAGUCAGUGAUCCAGGUCUUAUUUUUAACCAGCUACCCAAAAUGAUGUACCCCGAAUACCACAAGGUCCAUCAGAUGAUGAAAGAACAGUCAGCUGCUUGUGCGGGGCCCUAUGAGUGCUAUGUUAGCCUACCUGAGCACAACGUACUAUCUUUUGGCAAGGACAAGAAGUGUAUCCUUCAAGACAAGAAUGGCUGCCAGAAAGCUUAUAAAAUUUCCAUGGCUCUUGUUCUAACCGGUUCAAAUCCCAGCCUCUCCUUUCUGCCAAAUAAUGGAAUUGACUUGGCAAUGGACAGCGACCAACCAGUCAAUCCCAAGAGGAAUCCCAUAGAUAUUGACCCGUUCACUUAUGAAUGUACUCAGGAGAAAGGGCUUUAUGCUCUAGGGCCUCUAGCUGGAGAUAACUUUGUACGCUUUGUGCAGGGUGGGGCUCUGGCUGCUGCCAACUCUCUCUUAAGGAAAGCAAACAAAAAUCCUCCAUAACAAAAAAGGCCACCUAUGCUAACAAUGUCUGAAUGGGUUACUGCCAUUUUCAGAGAAUUUAAUAUGUACAUCCUUAAAUGAGAAGCCCACUCUUGCCAUUCUCCAGGAUUAUGCAAAGUUUUACUAAGUUUUUGCUGAGUUAUUUGGAAAGGUUACGUCACCAAACAGAGUGAGUUUCAUUCAUGGCAGUAACUUCAUUCCCAGGAUAUUCUGCUCCUUUUCUACGUAGCUGUGGAUGUAGGCAGCAGGAGCAUUGAACCUUCCUCCUGGAGAAGUGGAGGGUAAGGUAGCUCUUCUGUGUUAAUACCUUCCCGGUUUCUGAAAAUUGAAUUGAGGAAGAAUUGAUGUCAGUUACUUCCAGACAGCAGGCUGACAGCUCUGCGUCUGUCAGUUUUCCAGUGUUUGUGAUGAAGCAAGAUAAGCCAAUGCGGUUUUGAUUGCUCCUGUGGCUCAGCUAUAUGUUCUUAUUGGAUGAAAACUCACUGGAAGAAGUGCAAAUAAACUGGCACAGAAAUACAGCCAAAAAUGUAUCAUCUCAUUGAUGACACCAGCAACAUGUAAUAUAUAAUAUCCUUUUAUUCAAUAGUUCUGUAAUGUUUGUUCUUCUUCUGGGAAGUGGUGACACUGAUUUUACAAACAUCCAGUUUGCCACUGUGCAGCUUCUUCUGCUAACUCUGCUAUGGCCAAAUUCUUGACAGCCGUUGCAGAGACAGCAGAACAAAAUGGGAGCUGCUGGUCUGCCUUGAAGCUCUGCCCAGGCACUGAGUGGGGCUUCUGCUGCAGGGUGCUUCAGAGAAAAGCAAUAUGUCAUGUACUGUAGUGUGAAUUUCUAACAUAAUGUCAUCUAAUAAUAAUGUUGUGUAUUAAGGGGAAAUGGCACUGUCACUUUUUGAUUGUUUAUGGUAAAUAUUUUGAUUUUUUUUAUACUGGUUUUCUUAAAGAAAUUUUUUAAUUGACAAAGCAUUUUGCUACAUGCUUUCAAUCAGAGUUUUGAAUGAGCUGGGGAUGGGUGGGAAUGAUGCCUUGUGUUACCAAGAGCAUUCCCAACAGUCCUGCAAGGCCUUCUGUAGCUCUCUUAGAAAAAAAGAUGAGAGUUAUAGCUAAUGUUAUUAAAACAAAGGCACUCUGCCCCCUGCACUGUAAUGAAGCUCACUGAUGUGACAGGAUGCUUCACAAAGCACUGGAAACCUGUAUGCGUGGAGACAGUGGCUGUUCUGAAGUGAAUGAGCCUCCAGUUGUGCAGGGAGAUGUGUGAGGAGCCUGUCUGUAGUGUUACUGUAUCACACUUGGGUGCCUUUGCCACUGACUUCAAUGGAAUAUUUUUUCAGUAAAGUUAUUUCAGACUUAUUCUGUUUGUUGCUUUUAACUCUGACUUUAAAUCUCUGACCAAGUCAAGAUGAUCAGCUUCCUGGCAAAAAUUGGGGUGUGAUUUGGGAUGUGCAUGUUGAACGUUGCCUUGUUCCCCUCUGUAGCAGCACAACGCCAGAUUUUUGUGUGUUUGAGUACAUUUCACUAAAAUACCCUCUUCCUUCUGUGUGGCUGAGCCACA